AUGUCAAAAAGAACUCAAGCUUCAACCUCGCGAUCAAAGAAUAAUAAAAAAACUGAGGACACCACUUCAAAACGUGUUCGCUUUAACCAAUCUGUUUUAGUGACAGAAACCGGAAAUAAUAACGAAGUAGAUCAAGAAGAAUUCAAUUUCGAAGACUCGCUUGAACUUCCAAAAUCUCGUCGUGGCGCUGUUAAACUAGAGGGCUAUGGAAGUGACGAGACAGAUACUAGUGAAGAUGAUGUUGACGCUCGUUUUGAGCGUCGUAAAGGUUUAGAUAAAGGCAAAGCGAAGAACGAAGAUGACAUGUUUGCUUCGGACGACGAAACUUUCGAGGUUGAUGCAAAAAAAAGGUCGAAUAGAUCAAAAAUCAAGUAUUUGGAAAUGGAUCAAAUUCAAGGACAAGAUUUUGGUUCAUUUGACAUUGAUAGUGAUUCUGAGGAAAUUCGUAUCGAAGCAUUCAAUAUGAAAGCCGAGAUGGAAGAGGGUAAAUUUGAUGAUGCGGGAAAUUACAUUCCCAAUAAAAAAGACCCCAAUGAAUUUCAUGAUAAUUGGCUUCAGGGUGUUUCUCGAGAUGAUAUUAAAAAAGCACGAAUCGCUCACGAGAAACAGCAAAGAGUGAUAAAACUAAAAGAGGCAGAAGAUUCAAGAGGAGAAAUGGAUC